UGUAGCGCGCGAGAAGUGAACGCGCAUUGUGUUUGUCGUUGACGGUUUUUUCGAUACACAAUUUUUGUUUAUUUCAAAAAUUAGAAGCUUUUUAGUAGCAGAAUAAGUGCUAGUGUUAAAGUUACGUCAAAUGGAUUCUGAAAAAGCCCUCAAUGCGACAGUUGCAGUACAAAAUACAAACGUAAGCAGCAACGACAAGGCCGUUCAUGAUGAAGCUGAAUUAUACCAGCGUGCACUUGAAGCGAGACGCGCGAGAAAAGCAGAAUAUAUGAAGAAAUUUCGAGCACGUCAAAAAGAUUUCAUCGAGGCUAUGGGUCAAGAUGUAGCUAAAAAAUUGAAGAAAGUCUUGUCUCCAGAAAGAUUAGCACAGAAAAGAAAGAUUGCUGCUGCUUGUUCUCGUAGUUAUCGAAAACGGAAGAAAGAAAGAAAUCGUCUAAAACAGUUGGCUUUAGCAUCAACAACAGAGGAACCCAAAGAUAUUUUCGUAGAAUCUGGCGGAUGUGCCAAAGGUUGUGGAAUUGUAAAUGAAACCGUAGAUAUUUAAAUGCCAACAACUCCAUUUGAGCCGGUCUCGAUGGUGACUGUAGUGAAAACAGAACCAUUUGAAGUUACAGAAACCCAUGUGGAUGCAGCAUUGGAGAAAGACGGGAAUCAAAUCGAGCACUGCAAGCGUAAAUGGAAGAACCUUCGCGAUGCCUAUCGUGCGGAAGUGCGUCGCUCCGAACGCCGUGUGGAACGCCUCAAAGCAGCCGGUAACUACGACGCCGCCAUGGAUGUGCGCAGCAAAUGGACUUACUUCGAACCGAUGAGUUUCAUUAACGGCAGUCGCCGUCCCCGUUACAAUUCACAUACACACAAAAGUGAGGGCGAGGGCUCGAAUGGCUCACAUGAUGAUAAUUCGAUUUUCCACAGUACAUACGACAUCAAAAUGGAGCCCUCACACACAACAGACGAAGAUGAUUUCGACGAUGAUGAUGAUCAAUUGUUGGAAGAAUUCGUUAGCGUCGCAACGCCACAAGCAGUACGACGUCUAUCCAAUUCCAUAUCGGUUGCUAAUGCAGCCGAAGAUGAAGCAGUGGCUAGCAAGAGUGGCUGCCGAUCCGAAUGUCCGAAUCGUGCUGACGAUCAAGUGCACUUUCUCGAGAAUCUUGAACGUGAGGAGCAGAGUUUGAUGCAGUCAACGCGCAUGGAUAUGACGCGCGACAACAGUACUAGUCAUGUGGGUGAUUCCGACUAUAAUUUUCUCGUUAGCUUCUUGCCAAAGAUGAAGCGUAUGAAUGAGUUGCAGAAUAUGCAAUUUCGUGCGAAAAUGUGUGAGUUGUUGCUGAAUAUAAUGGCGCCGCCGGCUGAACUGGUACGCAGUGUACAACCAAGUCAACAAUUACGUGUGCAACCACAACAACUACAGCCAUUUAGUGCCGUUCCAUAUCAACAAACACCGCCAGAGCAAAUGCUCUUGCAACUACAAAGUGAUCAAAUGCAAUUGCAGCAACCAGAUGAGCAGCAACAGUUGCAGCUACAACAAAAACUAUUUACAGGCGCUGAUUUUAUGGAUGCCGAUACGUUGGAGAACAGCAAUUUGAGCAUCAAGAGUGACAUAGGCGGUGACGGCUCAAAUAAUUGGCCAUGAAAUGUAUGCAAAUGCACAAACUUCAGUGGCUGUCAAAUUGUUAGCACUCUUCCACACACGUUUACAUAUUUUUUAUCGCAUUGCAUUCACCUUAAUUCUUUUUAAAAUAAUUAAAUUUGAUUUUGAUUU